GCCAGUCCAAAGCAGCAGCGAGCACCUGCCGAACCUGUCGGUGCAGGAAGCUCGCAGGUUUUACUCGGUGCUGCAGGCUGGAUGCUUCCAGUCUCGGUUCGGUUCAGUUCGGUUCGGUUCCAUCAUGAGAGCGGUGUCCUUCAAACGGGUGGUGCUGAUCGCGGGGUGCGUGGGGCUCCUGCUUUACCUGGGGAUGUUCCUGCGGACCGGGCAUGAGGCCGGGGAGAGGACCGGGAGGCAGCUGGACCCGGACCGGGCCGUCGGGAGCUUCUCCAACCUGGAGCGAAGCCUCAACAACCUCACCAAGAUCCUGAGAGGAUUUGAGCGCAGACAGGAUGUGAUGCAGAAGAUCCUGGAGGAGGACCGAGACACUCAGAGGAAGGUUGCAGACGUCCUGCAGCAGGCCAUGCAGAUUCGGGUGGGCCAGAAGGAGCAGCAGCACGAAGACGCUCCCGCCCCGCAGAAAAAGUCCAACAAACUGUUCCCCAACUCGCCCCUCUUCAAGGACUGGGGGCAGAAUCUGUCCGAGGACGAACAAAAAGAAGCCCAGGCUCUGUUUGAGAAGUACGGAUACAACGUUUUCCUGAGCGAUCGCCUUCCUCUGGACCGACCGCUGCCCGAUACCAGAGAAAAAGGGUGUUUGAAGAGGACGUAUGAGAAGGACCUGCCGACGGUGGGAGUGGUGCUGAUCUACCUGAACGAGGCCUUGUCCAUCCUGAAGAGGGCGCUACGCAGCAUCAUCGACCGCACGCCCAAACGCCUGCUGAAGGAGAUCAUCAUGGUGGACGACAACAGCUCCAAUGAAAACCUGAAAGGCGACCUUGAUGCGUACAUUAAGUCACUGGAGGAGGAGAACCCGGGCCUGCGGAUCACCAGGGUGAGGCACACGGAGCAGAAAGGCCUGGCGUUCGCCAGAGCGUCCGGCUGGAGGGCGGCCACCGCCGACGUGGUGGCCAUCUUGGACGCUCACAUCGAAGUCCAUGAGCUGUGGGCUGAACCGCUGCUGACGCAGAUCAAAGCCGACCGGACCACGGUGGUUUCGCCCGUCUUCGACAGGGUGAACUUCGACGACCUGAAGGUCAUCCAGUACCUCCCUGCGGCGCACGCGUUCGACUGGGCGCUGUGGUGCAUGUAUGAGGGCUUCGCCCCCGACUACUACAAGCACAACGACAGCUCCCGGCCCGGAAAGAGUCCGUCGGUCAUGGGGAUCCUGGUGGCCGACAGGAAGUUUCUGGGAGAAAUCGGAGUCCUCGACGAAGGAAUGAAAAUUUAUGGAGGAGAAAACGUCGAGCUUGGAAUUCGUGUGUGGACAUGUGGCGGCAGCGUCGAGGUCGUUCCGUGCUCAAAGAUCGCCCACAUCGAGCGUUUCCACAAGCCCUACAUGCCGGACCUGACGCCCGCCAUGAAGAGGAACGCCCUGAGGGUCGCCGAGAUCUGGAUGGACGAAUACAAACACAACAUCAACCUGGCCUGGAAUAUUCCCUUCGAGAAUCACGGUAUCGACAUCGGAGACGUUUCUGAGAGGAAGAAGCUGAGAGAACGACUGAACUGCAAACCGUUCAAAUGGUACCUGGACAACGUUUACCCCAAACUGGACCCCUGGGACAACCUGCUAGCUUACGGCGCGCUGAAGAACCUGGACUCUGAGUUGUGCGUCGACCAAGGUCCGGUCCCCGGCGACACGCCCAUUUCCUACGACUGCCAUUACUACGGACCGCAGAUGGCCUAUUACCGUCAAACUGGUGAGAUGUACAUCGGCGGCAUCAAGUCCCACAAGUACAACGACAACCGCUGUCUGACCGACAGAGGGGAGAAGAAAACCGAGCCGGGUCUGUUCAACUGCAAAGAGGCCAUGCAGAAAGGAAUGGGGAUAUACUGGGACUUCACCCAGGGAAAAGAGCUGAAGAACCGUCAGACGAAGCGCUGCCUGGAGAUGGUGAACAGGGUUCUGGUGAUCCAGGAAUGCACCGGCCAGCGGUGGAAGAUCCAAAACCUCAUUAAAGACUUUUAAACCGACCUGAGGUGCAGCUUUCUGCUCAAAGGCCAACGGGUCAUUAAAAUGUUAAAGAAAAUAAUAUAUAUAUGUUUUAUGAAUUUAUUUUACUGAAUAUAAAAUGGAAACAUUUUGUAAAUUAGAUGAAGGGAGAUUAAAUAUUUAUUUUGUUUUCAUAUCAAUAAUGUGAGCGUUGGUGCAUAUAAAACCCAACAAAUGUCCAUUUGCAGCUUUUCUUUAAUUAACAGCUGGUUUCACCGUUUUAAAGGAGAAACCGUUAUUCUGACGGACCGAAUGAAGACUUUUGUUACAAAAUGCUGUUAAAAAGAAAAAACAACCAAAUACUGUUUGGAGAAGUUAAAGGUGAAAACGUUCGUGCUUUAUUACCUGAGAUGAUGUUGAUGGAUAAGAAAUCUGGCAUUUUUGCUUCAAAUAACCUUCGUUACUAUGAGAAAUUUAAUUUGGAUUUAUUUUUAUAAAAGCUGUCCCUGAUCAGGAGCAUUUAAAUGUCCGCCUCUUUUAAUGUGUUUUUGUUUUUUUUUUAUAUAGAAAAUAUGUCAAAGUUUAAAAAGUGUAAAGUUGCUUACAUGGUUCUGUUAGUUUUGGGUUUUUCUUCAGUUCCUGUCUGGCGGCACAGUGCGGCUGAAAGUUCGGUUCAAAAAUAUAUUUUAGUUCUGUGUGAAAAUAAAACUUUAAAAGUUA